CCUUAUCGUCCACCCCACUCUUUCUCCACAUUUCCGCCUUUGAUUUAGCGCCCGUAGUAUUUAGGCAUAAAUCUCCAGCCGUUCUCACCGUGGCUGGUCAGGAACCCCUGCUUUAGAGCUUAUUAUUUCCAAGACUUACCUUGGGGUAUUCUGUCCUUCAGUCUUUCCGCAAUGGCUCCUCCUCGCUCGCUGCAGCCCCUCCUGCAUGUCUUGGUGCUGCUGCUCGUCGCCGCAAGCAUCGGCGCCGCUAACGCGCAAUACGCAUCGCGUUCGCGCCGCGGCCUGUGGGCCCGCGCGCGUAAGCUAUUCGAGUUCCCGGCGCUGCACAGGUCGCAGCUGACCAAGGUUGGCUUCACCUACGAAAUCGCUAGACAGCCUGCGAAAACGGAAGAAGCUCCUAAAGACGGGGCCACGGACCCCGCCAACUCUGUCGCCUCCUCCACUCCGCCUGCCACCUCCUCCUCUUCCUCCUCCUCUGGCGCUUCAUCCUCGGCCGGCCCUUCCCGCCCUGCGGGGAGCUCAGCGGACGGAUUCUCCUCGGGCGGCUCUUCGUCUGGUAACUUCGGUUCGUCCGGUAACCCGCUUUUCCCCGGUGCCGCCACAUCGGAGACCACCAACGGCGCGAACCCCACUCCGAGCAAGCCCAACACCCCCUCGCAGCAAUCCGGCACCGCCGCUGAAGCCGCUAUUUCAGCCACCGUGCUGCAAGCUGCCGCGCCGUCGGCGCCUCCCCCGCCCCCGCCUCCCCCCGAAGGCCCGUGCCCGCCGCUGCCCACGAUGUGCGACUUCUACUUCCAGGGCAGCUCCUCCUCGCUCCCGGUCUUUAACGUUUCCGACGGCGCCGGCGACACGCGCCUCGGCGGGGCCAUCGAGGCGUCCGUUCGCGGCGCGACGGUGGAUGUGAUUGCGGCGAACAGCGAAGGUGCGGACUACGUCUGCCAGGACGGCGUCAACGUGUGGAGCGCGCCGCCCGCGGACUCCGGUAACUCCAGCGUCACGAUUAUCCCUGGGCUGCCGGCGGCCGACAACUCGACGACAAUCCUGGGGACGGACAACCAGUUCUACGCGACGCAAGACGGCAUCCAGUCGCGCACGUUCCAACCGGCGACCGGCGGCGUGGCGCCGUACCGCGGCAAGUACGUGCGCGUGAACCUGACGUCGAUCGAGAUCAGCGUGUACAACAUGGUGUCCAACGUCAACAAGGGGCAGAACUACUCCUACUUCCCCGAGGAACGCCGCUGCGUCGUCUUCCAAAUCGCCUAGACGACCCGCCGGUCCUCCGGCCGGCGACGAUUUCACGUCUGCUACUCGGUGCAGGACAAGCUCUCUCAAGGCCCCUCGCUUCCAGUGCUCUCUCCCCUGGCACCUCGUCCAAGGACAGUGAUCCACCAUCAACAGCAACGCUACCGCCAUGAUCAUUAUCUUCGUUGGCAUCAUCCAUCAUAACCAUCGCCUCCAGUUCCGGCACUGGGGUCAGCUCAGCUCCCUCCCUCCCCUUCGUUUGGACUUGUUGCGCAAACGGCUUGUUUGCUGGAAGGUGUCCCUUCCGCUGCAGCGUUGCCCGUUGUGUUGUGUGGUAUUAGGGGCCGACUUGGCAGGGAUUAGUAGGGGAGGAAUUAGGGUGAAGGAAUAAGUUGGGUAUCUAUGUCUGUCCUUGUGCUGCGCUGUGAUUGGAGUAGGGGGUCUCUCUUGUGACAACUUGAGGAAGGGGUUGUAGUGUUUGGCUAAUCACGUAGGAUGUUCUUUUCUAAUUGGUAUUGGAUGAGUAAUAUUGGUAGACACCAGGUUGAGAAGCCGGUUCCACACUUAGAAAGAUUACCAAGGUAUAAUACACGUCCACUUUAAUA